CCUUUCCGGCUACGGGUCCCGGAGCGGAGCGGGAGGCCGGACCGGGGAAGCGGAGCGACGGCGGCGGCGGCGGCGGCGGGGUCGGCCAUGGCGGAGCUGGUGCAGGGGCAGAACGCUCCGGUGGGCAUGAAGGCUGAGGGCUUCGUGGACGCCCUGCACCGGGUCCGGCAGAUUGCUGCUAAAAUUGAUUCAAUUCCUCACUUGAAUAAUUCCACACCCUUGGUGGACCCCUCGGUGUACGGAUAUGGAGUACAGAAACGGCCCCUGGAUGAUGGAGUAGGUAACCAGUUAGGGGCCUUGGUACAUCAAAGGGCAGUAAUAACAGAAGAAUUCAAAGUGCCUGAUAAAAUGGUUGGAUUUAUUAUUGGCAGGGGAGGUGAGCAGAUUUCACGAAUUCAAGCAGAAUCUGGUUGCAAAAUUCAGAUUGCCUCAGAGAGUUCUGGGAUUCCAGAGAGGCCCUGUGUACUUACCGGAACCCCAGAAAGUAUUGAACAAGCCAAACGGCUCCUGGGGCAGAUUGUGGACCGCUGUCGGAAUGGCCCUGGCUUUCACAAUGACAUAGAUAGCAACAGCACAAUCCAGGAGCUUCUCAUCCCUGCAUCUAAAGUGGGUCUGGUCAUCGGCAAAGGAGGGGAGACAAUCAAGCAGCUGCAGGAGCGGACAGGUGUGAAAAUGGUCAUGAUCCAGGAUGGCCCACUGCCCACAGGAGCAGACAAGCCUCUCCGCAUCACUGGAGACCCGUUUAAAGUACAGCAAGCAAGAGAAAUGGUCCUAGAGAUCAUCCGAGAGAAAGACCAGGCUGACUUUCGGGGUGUGCGUGGCGAUUUCACCUCCAGAGCAGGAGGAGGUAGUAUAGAGGUGUCUGUGCCUAGGUUUGCUGUUGGGAUUGUCAUAGGAAGAAAUGGAGAAAUGAUCAAAAAGAUCCAGAAUGAUGCUGGUGUGAGGAUCCAAUUCAAACCAGACGAUGGGAUUAGUCCAGAAAGAGCAGCACAGGUCAUGGGCCCUCCAGAUCGGUGUCAGCAUGCAGCGCACAUCAUCAAUGAGCUCAUUCUCACAGCGCAGGAAAGAGAUGGCCUUGGAGGCCUGGCGGUAGCUAGAGGAAGAGGCCGUGGCCGUGGGGACUGGAGUUUGGGCACUCCUGGUAGUGUCCAGGAAAUUACAUACACAGUGCCAGCUGAUAAAUGUGGCCUUGUAAUUGGCAAAGGGGGCGAGAACAUAAAAAACAUCAACCAGCAAUCAGGUGCGCAUGUGGAGCUUCAGCGGAACCCCCCUCCUAACACCGACCCCAACCUGCGGAUAUUUACCAUCAGGGGCGCUCCUCAGCAGAUCGAGGUGGCCAGGCAUCUCAUAGAUGAGAAAGUUGGCGGUGCCGGCCUCGGAGCCCCUGCAGCCUUCGGACAGAGCCCCUUCAGCCAGCCACCAGCUGCGCCACAUCAAAACGCCUUUCCUCCCAGGGGCUUCCCCAACAUCGCUGCUAAAGUUAACGGGAACCCCCACAGCACCCCUGUGAGUGGCCCUCCAGCUUUUCUGACCCAGGGCUGGGGCAGCACUUACCAGGCUUGGCAGCAGCCCACACAAGUCCCAAGCCAGCAGAGCCAGCCACAGAGCAGCCAGCCCGACUACAGCAAGGCCUGGGAGGACUAUUACAAAAAGCAGAGUCACAGCACCAGUGCUGCUCCACAGACCAGCUCCCCACCGGACUACACGAUGGCCUGGGCCGAGUACUACAGGCAGCAGGCCGCCUUCUACGGGCAGACUUUAGGGCAGGCUCAGGCCCACAGCCAGGAGCAGUAGAUGGGCGUCUGCAGCGGCUCUUCCCCGAAAUCAGUGUGAGAAAAACCUGUUUGUUACAGAGAUUUUUAGAUUUGCAAACCUUUCAAUGAAGAACUUUUGUUUU